GUUAGUACCCUCACUGGUUAGUACGCUCACAGCUUCAACCCCAGGGCCAUCGUCAACGCUGCUACCCUCACUGGAGCGAUGGAUGUUGCUCUGGGUUCAGCAGCGACAGGAGUCUUCACCAACUCUGACUGGCUCUGGGAACAGCUUCACAAGGCCAGUGUGGUAACAGGAGACCGGGUGUGGAGGAUGCCGUUGUUUCAACAUUACACUAGACAGGUCACUGACUGCCAGCUGGCCGACCUCAACAACGUCGGCAAGUACAGCCGUUCUGGCGGAGCCUGCACGGCGGCAGCGUUUCUGAGGGAGUUUGUGACGGCUCCUCAUUGGGCGCACCUGGACAUCGCCGGGGUGAUGACCAAUAAGGACGAGGUUCCCUACCUGAAGAAAGGAAUGUCUGGGAGACCGACACGAACACUGGUAGAGUUCGCUGCUGGACUGGCCAACCAAGCCUGAAGACACACACACACACCACACCUACACACACUGAGCUGGCUGGAGAAGGAUUAUUCUGUAGAGACAGAGACACUGGUACUGUGUAGAGUUACAGACUGCUUCCCAAAUAGCACCUUAUUCCCUCCCCAUAGGAGUCUGGUCUAAAGUAGUGAACUAUAUAGGGAAUAGGAUGCUAUUUGGGAUGUAUCCUGAGUCAUCUGGUAGUAGCCUGCUGUGCAUCCAGAGGGCUGAAGAGGACAUUUCCACCCCAGUGCCCCAGCACAUGUAACAUGCAAGAACGCAAGAUGGUCUUUUUUUUGCGUAGCGUUCUUGCGAUGCAUAUUAGGGUAAAAAUGAGGUUUCAGUGACAGUGAGUUAACCAACCUCUUCUGUCCAGUAGUUGUGGGAGAAACUAAUGCUGAAGUUGGUGUGCACUUCUGCAAAAAAAAAACUGUCAAAUAUUAUUAUUGCCAGUCAUUUAAAUAAAACACCAAUAAAACCAUUUUAGGGGA